GGCGACGCUCGCCUUGUGCACACGUGUUUUGUCGCCCGUCUUUAGUGAACUGUUUAGUGCUGUGACUCUUGUUCAGUGAGUGAUCUCUGCGGUGUGCCGUUUGUUAAUCCCACUGAUGCGACAGUGAGGCAGCCUGAAACAGAAGCCAAAAGAGUGAGGAUGUUUGGCGGCAGUGGUGGCGGCGGUGGAGGAUCCUAUGGUGGCGAUUGCGCGGAGGGCUAUGGGCUGGGCUACAACGGACGUCUGCAACACUACGCUGCACACUUCGCGCCCCACCAGACCUGGCACCAUCAUGCGGCCCAUCACGACACAUACGGUGGAGGCAGUGUUAGUGGUGUUGGCAGCGUCGGCGCUGUAGGCGGCGUGGGCAGUGUGGGCGGUGGACUAUAUGGACAAAACAUGGUGAUGGGCGGCUGGUGUGCGCCCUACGACGCACUUCAGAGACCACCGGCUUACGAUGGUGCGGAGGCGUACGAGGAGGGCCGCGAGUGUGUCAACUGCGGCGCCAACAACACACCACUGUGGAGACGCGACGCAACCGGACAUUACUUGUGCAACGCCUGCGGUCUCUACCACAAGAUCAACGGCGUCAACCGGCCGCUGGUGAAGCCGAGCAAGCGGCUGUCUGCUGCGCGACGUCACGGGCAGUGCUGUACCAACUGCGGGUCUCGCAAUACGACAUUGUGGCGGCGAAACAAUGAUGGUGAACCAGUCUGCAACGCGUGCGGCCUUUACUAUAAGCUGCAUGGAAUCAAUCGACCACUGGCAAUGAGGAAAGAUGGUAUUCAGACACGAAAGAGGAAGCCGAAAAAAUCAGCGAGUGGAACGAAACCUGCUCACGAGGUAACCAAAAAGGACGGGCAGGGCUCACCAGGCAUUGACGACAGUAAAUCAAGUAUAUCAGAAGUACCGCUGCCGCUGACGGCCUCACUGUCCCCACAUACGCACGGGCACACAAGCAAGCAGGCAAACGGCGAGCAGAGCGGGCAAAGCGGGCAAGGUGUACAGGGUGUUCAGGGCGGGCAAUACGGGCUGGCUAGCACAGCGUUCUUGUCUUCACCGUCCUUGUUCAACAUCAAAAGCGAGCCGGCUGCGGCAUAUGACCCGCCAGGUUAUCCGCCCACCGGCAACCCACCACACCACUACCACUCCCACCACCAUUAUUUACACGCGCUGCAGUACGGCUUGUCGAACGGUGAAGAGGAGGAAGGCAGUGGAUUUCUUCAUCAGCGCAAUGUCACCGCACACGCCAAACUUAUGGCCUCCACGUAGCCACGCGUAUAUAGACAACAGACGUCCACAGAUAAAUACAUCCUUUUCUGAUGAACGGACGGAGAAAUAGAAUACACAAUUAUGUUUUAUCUCCUAUGUACAUUGUUAUAUUCGAGAACGGAGUGGGCAACACUUAUUGUAAAUAAAUAUCCGUUCUUAAUGUACAAAACGUAAGCUGUAGCUUUUGACUUUUGUACUAAAUUCUAGACUUAAUAUGUAAGUAGUUCAUUUGAGUAGGAAGGUCCUAAGUCUGAGGGUAAACACGACGUCACAAAUGGUUCACUUUAUCCUUUGAAGUUUUUACAAAUUUACAAAGGUUAAUCAUUGAUUUAAAAAAAAUACACACAGUACACAGAGCACAUAAUGAUCACCCUAAUGCCGGGAAAAUGAGUUCGCCAGUCUUUAGUUGAAGUUAUUUUUAAAAUUUAAUAUCUGGCAUGUGCUGACAAUUGACAUUUUGAGCACCCUGCGAUAAACUUGUAAAACUAGAUACAGAUUAAAUAUUUAUGCGAGCUGUAUAUUGCUGAAAUAUUUCAGAGACAUCUUGUACGUAAGUAAACAAGUGCUUGUAAAUGAAUAAAAUAGCUAAUCUCUAAAAGGAACUCUAUAGAUAUUAUGUGAAUAUUUCGACUGAUAAUUGUCGAUGUUUUUUAUUUGUAAAUUUAAUAAGAAUCUUAAGUAGCAUGCUGAUAUUUUAAGUAUUUCUUGUAUGUAUAAUGAUUAUGAUGUUCAAUACUUAUAAAAGGAGGUUUUCAGAAUGUUUUUAAAGUUCCUUUAACUUUUUGUAACAAUAAGUUUAAAACCUAAAUAACGCCAUCUAAAAAAUAAAAAUAGAAUAACGUAAUCGACGUAAUUCAGACUGCAAACAACAGAGGGCGCCUAUAUAAAUAAUAGUUAGGUUUUUUAUUGUUACAAGAUCACUAGUCUUAGAUUUUUGAAUGUGAAAUCUUGCUAAUGUUACAGUAAGUAUGUAUGAAUUAUUUAUUUCAUGUAACAACGUGAUUGGACAAUACAAGCCGUCCUAAAAAUCUUCCAAUUCUUAGUGGCACAAUUUAAGAUUAGUCAUAUUUAUAGUUAAACAGUGGCAUUUAUAAGCUGUAUAUAGCAGACAAGAUUGUUUUAUUAUACUUAUUUUAAGAAACGAUAUCUGUUGGUGACUGAUAAUAUCCAAAAGAUAAACAUUAAGUUCAGGGAGUCACCUUGCUAUACAAGCAAGAAAUUGCAAGCAUUGUAUAAUAUACCUUAAUAGAAAGGAGAAAGGACACUAUUCAAGCAACGACGCCAUCUUGUUUCAAAUGUAAUAAUAAUUAUCAGUCACAUAACAGAGUGGCUACAACGAAGCAUGGCGGUGGAGAUCUCUUAUAAGUCAAUUGUACAAUGUUUGAAUAAAGUGUACAAAAUUAUA